UAUAUGUUGUCCUUUUUGUUAAAUGGUGUAGUUGAAAGGUUAUAAUCUAGAGUUUGAUGUUAGGAUCAAACACACCCAGAAAAAUUGUUUCACACACACAAAGAACACAAUAUUUACGUGGUUCGGCCCAAUGCCUACAUCCACGGACAGAAAUGAGGAUUUUUCACUAAAAUAGAGCAUAAUACAAAUACAGAGGAGAAGAUGAAACUCACUCAACUCACAGCUCUCACUCUCCAAUUUCUGAUACAAAUCACCCUCUCCCUUCCGUCUUUAUUUAUACACAAAGAGAAUGAGAGAGAGAGAGGAGACAAACCAACUCACCAAAAAAUUUCUACCCUCUUUAAUAGCAAUGGUAAAAAUCAACAAAGACAACAACGGGAAGAGAAGGGAGAGACAAUCUUCCAGAUGCCCAACUCAGACCUCCUUCUCUCGAGGUGGAAGUCUUCUCACGCCAUGUUCUCUGACUCUCUCCUUUGCAUGGUUUUACAUGCAUGGUUUUGCAAGCAUGUGGGUUGGAACAACAUUUGACACAUUGAUUCAAACAGGUCAUGGCAGCCAGGAGUCCCAAUAUCCUCACAAAGCACUAAACAAAAAGGCUUCUAGUGUGAAUGAGAAAUGCCCACUUUCAGUUCCAGCAAAACCUUCAAAGUCUGGAAUAUCAAGAUUGGCAGUGAUUUCUUCAUUUUCUCAGGAAAUGGUUGAUGCCAGAGGGAAAGUUAAGCCUCUUUCCAAGCUUAGUUCAACCCCAAAUCCCAAGGUCAAGCAAGUUGCAGCCAAGUACUUAACUACUCCUGGGAACAAAAAUUGCCUUCCGAGUCCAAACUCCUUUCGAAGUGUUCAGAACCCAAAGCCAACAAGCAUUGCAGAACCAAAUAAUAGAACAGUAGCAAAGGCUUUGGUCUUCCAGUCCCCAAAGAAAGUCAUCAGCAUAAAAACUUCAUCGGAAUUGUGUACUCCUUUAACAAAGAUUUGUGAAGGGAUGAAGAGGCUUGGGAUAAGCUGUCAAAGGAAGGGUAUAUUGGGGUAUUCUAACAAGUCAUCAAAGGACAUUAGACGUGAUCCUAACAAAUCAUUGCCUUUGAAUCCAUCAAGAAGAAAACUAAGUGCCUACAAGGACAAAAGCAAGGCCAAGGAAUUGUUUGGGCCUCCAAAUUGCAAGGAGAAGGGAAAUAAGCCUUUCAACUCUAUGCCCAGGGAAACAGUUGAAAAUGACUUAAUUGGCAUGGAGAUUGACAUGAAAUCAAGGGAUAGCUCGGUAUUAGGUAGUUCAAGGAUUACUGAAGCAAAUGUAUGUGAGGAAUGGUUGUCAACUGAAAAAACAUCAGGAAAUUUGUAUACCAUAACUUCUACUCGAGAAGAAGUCGUUACUUGCUUAGAGGUAGUGCCACUAACAAAGAAUUCAGACAUGGUGUUGUUAGAUGCCUCAAAAAGCGAAAUGAACACCUCAUCAAACUCUAAAGAAGGGAGUUUGGAAGAAAAUGAUUUCCUCAAAUUUGAAGAAAACUCUGAAGGGGGCAAUGAAAGCAGUGAAGGAAUUGACAAGGAAAGAAAAACAAAAGCAAGUUCAGAGAAGAGAGAAGGCCCAGAAGACCACAACACGGAAUCUGAAAAUUUAGGAGUAAUAGGACAUGAAGGUGAAGCAGUGGACAGCGAUGACAAAGAAAAUGCCUAUGGUGAUGACAAAGAAAAUGCUUUGGUCUCUGAUGGUAACAGGUGUGAGGCUAGUUCUGGGAAAAAAAUAUUUCGCAAGCAGGAGACAAAUGAAAUUACUAAAAAGGUUAACCAAACACAGGACAAAAAUUUGAAAGAAGGGCUCACUGUAGAUGCCACUGGUGCUCAAGGGGUGAAGUAUAAAAAACCAAAACCCACAAAUCCCAAGCCUUUCAGGCUAAGGACUGAUAGAAAUGACAAGUGCCUUGAACAAAGAAAGUGCAAUCACGAUACAAAUGAAAGCAGUGGAAAUGAAUUACAGAAAAAUUAUAAAAAGGAUGAACCCAAACAGAGUCGAACAGCUUCAGAAGGACAAGCAUAUCCAAACAUAACCCCACAGAGAUGUUCCAAAUCAACACAACAAAACCCUAAACCAAUAACCUUCAGACUUGAAUAUGGCAGGGAUGUUAAUAGUCAAAAAUCAGAAAACAACUUAAGAAAGACGAAGUCAUCUUCACAGCAUGAACAGUUUAUUAGUCCCAAAGGGGUUGCUUCAACGAAGAAGGCAAUGGCUUAUGGUAAACAACACACUGUGAUAAAGGAAAUAUCAUCAACAGCUUCAAGGUCUGAGGAAGCAGGAGAGCCAAGCCAUAGUGAUAUUAGCCAUGCAAAUAAAGCUGCUACUUCCUCUGCUUCCAGGUCAUUGUCACAGGGAAAAAGGCCUUUAACCAUUCCAACGGAGCCAAAUUUUCCCAACGUCCACAUACCCAAGUGUUGCGCAAGGAAAGUGGCUUAGGCAAAGUGUUAUUGUCUUCUUCUUGUUCAAUUUUUUAUUGAAUUAUAUUUUCUUGUUUAAAUUUAUUUACUUUCCAUUUCAUACACAACGCUGUGCAACUUUGUAAUAGUUGAGGUAACUAAUGUAUUUGUGUGUAUUCAUCUACACAGACAUGCAAUAAAUUGUUUCAUUCUUUUAAGUC